GGAUGAAUUUUUGAGGAUCGAUGGAUUGUAAUUUUCUUCAAUUGUCCCAUCAUUUGUUAAGGUGCAAUUAUUAGGUACUAAUAAAAAAAACAAUAGCCAUAUUAAUAGAUAACUACACAAAUAUUUUUUCUUUAUUUUUUUUUCGACACCAAUUGGUCAUCAUUUCUUAAAUAAAAACACAAAAAAAAUUUAUUUUUAUUAACUGCCAUUUUAUUAUUUUUUAUCUCUUCUUUUCAUCAAUUUUUAAUUAGAAAAAUUAGGAAAAAACAACACAAUUAAAAAUUAACAACAAAAAUAAUUAAAAAAUGCCAGUAUUCCAUACAAAAGUUAUUGAGUCAAUUUUAGAGCCGGUAGCUCAACAGCUACAUCUAGCGCUUUCAUUGGCCCAUCAGCAUUGCCGUCCCUCAUCUUCUUCCUCUUCCUUUCACCAUCAAAAUGGAGUAAUUGGAGGAGGAGAAGAUGUAGCAUCUACCUCGUCUGGCACAAAACGUUGUUUUGGUGCUCCAUAUUGGAGGGAUGGUGGGGAACAAAGCCCCUUAUCUCAGAGUUCUUCAAGGUAUUCAAUACCUCUAACAAUGUCUCCGUCUUCUGAUUGUGCUGUUUGUAAAAUGCUUUUGCCUAAAGGCGGACCUGUACGUUUUUUUGCUUUGCUUUUUUUGUGUGUGUUUUUUUGUUUCCCUCUUAUUUUAUAUUAG